AUGGCCUACUAUACGUCCGACCCAUCAAGCUUCCCUGAGCCUAUCGAUCUCUCGCACCACUUGUCGCGUGGCACAAAGGCUCGCGAGGCGUCGAGUGUCAAGCGAUUCUACAAGUACUUCGCCAUUCCGGGCAUCGCCCAAUUAGCAGGAGGGCUACCAAACGACAAGUACUUCCCCUAUGACACCCUCGAAGCCAAAGUCUCGCAUCCGAACCGAUGGAAGCCCACGCCCAACAAGCCUGUCGACCCGCCCGUCGACGAUCCGCCGACUGCACGUCUUGAGGAGCUGAAUAUCGAGAAGGGCAAGGACAAGGGCAAGGGCAAGCAUGACGAGCUCCCAGCAGCACAUCUACUUGUGCCGCACGACUCGCACACACGUGAUCCUUUACACAAGAUCGAUUUGAUGUCCGCGCUACAGUACGGCCAGGCACAAGGCUACCCGCCGCUGUAUUACUUCAUCCGCCAAUUCACCCGCGAGAACCUGCACCCUUUCGUGCCAUACAAAAAUGGCCCUGAGGUCAUCCUCACCUGCGGCUCCACAGACGGCUUCUCAAAGACUAUCCAGGCCCUCAGCGAAGAAUGGUUCAUCGACCGCGACCCUGUCAACGAGCGCCCUGGUCUGCUGUGCGAGGAGUAUGCAUACAUGAACGCCAUCCAGACAGCCAGGCCGCGGGGUCUGAACAUUGUGCCCGUGAAGAUUGAUGACGAAGGCAUGCUAGCCAAGGGACCCGGUGGUCUCGAGGACGUCAUGGAGAACUGGGACUUCUCCGAGGGUCGUCGCCCACACCUCAUGUACACCGUCACCAUUGGCCAGAACCCCACAUCCGGCACCCUAAGUGUCGCGCGCAGGACCGAAAUCUAUGCCGUCUGCGUCAAGUACGACAUCGUUAUCAUUGAAGACGAUCCGUACUGGUACCUACAAUUCCCCUCGUCCUCACCCCACGUUGCAUCGGUCAAGCCCCGGAAAACCUCCGGCUUCGAGUUCCUUGACUCGCUCAUCCCAUCCUACCUGAGUAUCGACUACCAAGGUCGUGUCGUGCGUCUGGACACCUUCUCCAAAACCGUCGCGCCGGGCUGCAGACUGGGUUGGGUCACAACGCAGCCCGCGCUCGCCGAGCGCAUCUUGCGCAUUACCGAGACCUCGACGCAGCAACCCUCUGGCUUCGUGCAGUCCAUGAUCGCUGAAAUGCUCAUGGGACCUAACAACAGCAACGACCCCGGGCGUGGCGGCGCCGCAGAUGGCUCAGGCUGGAAAGUCGACGGCUGGGUACGCUGGCUCGAGGGCCUGAGGGGUAAUUACGAGCGCCGGAUGCAGACUAUGUGCGAUGCGCUGGACACGGGGCGCGAAAUCGUCAAGUCUGGGCGCCGACGCUCACUCUCCUUUGUCGCUGACAGCGACGAUGAGUGGGCUGUUGUCGAGAAGGCGCAGAUCUACUCGUUCGUGCGCCCGCUGGGCGGCAUGUUCGUGUGGGUGCGCUUCGACUUCGCCACGCACCCGCUGGCAGACGAGGUUCCGCACGCACGACUCAGUCAGGCGCUGUGGGUGUUCUGGACACAGAAGCCUUACAUGUGUCUCGUUGCGCCUGGAUCUAUGUUUGCGCCGACACAAGAAAUCAGGGAAAAGGACGCGUACAACUGCAUGAGGCUGUGUUUCGCAGCGUGUCCCGCCGAAGAUGUGAAGCCUAUUAGCAAGAGAUUUGCGGAUGGUGCGCAGGCGUUCUGGCGGAUUAAGAAGAAGAGCGUCAUUGAUAAGCUGUUGGAAGAGGAAGAAGUCGAGGGACUCGAUUAUGUCGCUGGCAUGGCUGUUCUGAGCGGUAUGUGCUAG